GGUUUUAAAGGAUGGUUCUAAAGACGAACUGGUUUACUUCACUGAUAGUCCUCAAGCUACUUUGUCGCUUUUCACACGCAAUAACAAAGCAAUUAUGUGAAAAAGAUACACUGCAAAUCGAUUGUGACUGGGGGGAACGAAUCGAAAUAAAACACGCUGCUUAUGGUAUUUACUCAUCAAAAAACCCUUGUGGAAUAUCCUACAGGAAGAAUUGUGUCGAUGAAUUGCAGCCAUUGAAGGUGAUGUCAUCUGCAUGCAAUGGCAAACUGCAUUGCACCGUGGAGGCAAAAAAUGAUGUAUUCGGUGAUCCUUGUAAAGGACAUAAAAACUACUUGACUGCAACUUGGAUAUGCAAAAAAGAAACAGCAGUUAAAGAAUGUAUUGAGGGAAGCGAUCCCACCGGGAAGAGAUACAGAGGAACAACUGCAGUCACCGAGUCAGGAAGGAAAUGUCAGACCUGGAGUGUCCAACGUCCUAAUAAACAAACAACAUUUAAAGAGUAUCCUCAAGGUGGACUCGAAAAGAAUUAUUGCCGUAACCCGACUUCUUCGGGUUUGCGUCCGUGGUGUUGGAAUGGAGAAGGUACGGAACCGACGUGGGAAUACUGUGAUAUAAAAAUAUGCUAUGAUAAAAGUAAAACGAUUACAAAGAGAGUAUGCGAAAAAGAUGCACUGCAAAUCGAUUGUGACUGGGGGGAACGAAUCGAAAUGAAACACGCUGCUUAUGGUAUUUACUCAUCAGAAAACCCUUGUGGAAUAUCCUACAGGAAGAAUUGUGUCGAUGAAUUGCAGUCGUUGAAGGUGAUGACAUCCGCAUGCAAAGGAAAACAGCACUGUACCGUGGAGGCAAAAAAUGAUGUAUUCGGUGAUCCUUGUAAAGGACAUAAAAAUUACUUGACUGCAACGUGGAUUUGCGAAAAAGAAAUAGCAGUUAAAGACUGUAUCGAGGAAAGCGAUCCUACCGGGAAGAAGUACAGAGGAACAACUGCAGUCACCAAGUCGGGAAAGCAAUGUCAGAACUGGAGUGUUCAGCGUCCUAAUGAGCACACCACAACAUCUGAAAAGUAUCCUCAAGGUGGACUCGAAAAGAAUUAUUGCCGUAACCCGGCUCCUACGGGCACAAGUCCCUGGUGUUACAAUGGAGAAGGUAAAGAACCAAGAUGGGAGUUCUGUGAUAUUAAAAUAUGCUAUGAUAAAACGAUAACGAAUGAAGCAUGCGAGGAUAAACUUUUGACUAUAGAAUGUGGAUGGGGACAGGAUAUAAACAUUCUGCACGCUGCAUAUGGUGUGUACUCAAAUGGAAACUCUUGUGGAUGCUCCCGCAAAAAAGGGAGUUGUCUCGCCAAGGACUCCGUUCAGAUAGUGGCGAAGAGAUGUAACGGGUAUCGUAUCUGUACUGUUCCAGCGACUAACAAGAUAUUUGGUGAACCUUGUAAGGGGAAAAAGUACUUGGUUGCGACGUGGUCUUGUUACAAAGAUACAAAGCAGUCUUGCCUCCAGGAAGAUGAUCCUAUGGGAAGGAGCUACAGAGGAAAAACAAACAAGACCAAAUCGGGAGAGAUGUGUCAGAGAUGGGACUCUCAGUACCCCAAUAAACACGACUUUACCCCUGAAAAGUUUCCAACGUCAGGACUAGACAGUAACUAUUGCCGAAAUCCUCUGGGGAAAGAUGUCUCCGUUCCAUGGUGCUAUUUUGCCAAGUCUAAGGGGAAAGAAUGGUGUGAUAUUAGAAACUGCUCCAAAUCCGAUUCUACCACCACAACCGUGGAAACUUGUGAAGGGGGGACACUAAAUAUGAAAUGUAAACCUCCGUAUAUUAUGGAGAUAAAGGACGCCUCUUAUGGUGUUUGGAGUAACCACAACAGUUGUGGUGCAUCUUACAAUGGAAAGUCAAAGUGUCAUAAUCCUGAUUCCUUGAAGAUAGUGAGGAACACGUGUGCCAGAUACCAUAAAUCACGCAGGGAAUGUACAACUUGGGCCUCUAAAUUGAACCCCUGGAAUAUGCUCUAUUUCAGGGAUCCCUGUCCUGGGACGGAGAAAUAUUUGAGGGUUUCUUGGGAUUGUUACCGAGAUCCAGAGUGCCACGAGGAGAAAGAUCGUAUAGGAGCUAAAUACAGAGGGACAAAAUCCGAGACUAGAGGAGGAUUUAGCUGCCAAAGAUGGGACCUACAAUCUCCGCAUAAACAUAACACAACUCCUGAAAAUUACCCAGAUGCAGGUCUAUUGGUGAACUAUUGCAGAAACCCCAACAAAGCUGGGUUUCCCUGGUGCUACAUUGGUAAUGGAACGGAUAAUGACCCAGUGUGGGAUUAUUGUGACAUACCCGAGUGUUCCUCUGGCCGUGCGAGCUAUGAAAAGAUAACAGAGGUAGAUACGGAGCCCCAGAAGUCCUUCUACCCAUACCACCUUUCUGUUUUAGUUAAGGUAGUUGAGAAAACCUCUCUUCGCGAUUUUGACAAAUUAGAGAGUUGUAAAAUCUACUCCGAAGAGCACAGGUGUUCUGACGGUGAUUACUUUCUUAUGGAGUUCUCUUACGACAUCAAGUCAGGCAGAGUCUUAUUCCACUGGGAAAUAAGAUACGGCCCUCUAGUUACUGAGGACAUGACAGAGGACUGGACAGACUCUGGAACCGACUUUAUUAACGAUGUAACAAACUUGGAUAUACCUUACAAACCUCACGAAAUAAAGAGUCUAUCUGUUGAGAUAAACUUUCAUUCAAUGUUGGUGCUAGUAGAUUACAAGCCUGUUAAAGAAUACAUCCUAAACGGAGACUACUUCCCGUUUAGACGGGGCCGAAUACAGCCACGUGGACAUUUGAAUCUGGAACGGUGUCGGACUAUAAAUGUUAAAGGAAACUGUCUCGCAAAUCCGUGCAGGUUCUAUACUGCACACAAGUUCCAUCGCUACUUGAAAACAGAUAAAUGGCACACAUUAGAUGAUGAUGAAGAACAUAAAUAUGCGGAUAAUAAUAACAUCACGCGUUGCAUGGCUAUAGACAGGUUUGAGUGUAACACGGGCUUCUGUCUCCAGGGUCGGUGUAAGGCCACUGACUUCGAUCACGACGUUUGUGAUUGUGAUGAUGAUGAUACCUGGUGGGUUAAUGAGAAGAACAUGAUGGGAGAGUACUGCUCCAUUAAGAAGAAAGAGGAGGUGGAGCAGAUUGUCCGCUGGACUCAGGGCUACGAGAUAGAGGUUAAUUUCCAUGAGAAUAAGAUUGAAGUCGAUCUGGUCCCCAACUUUAAAGAUUGGUCCUGGAGAUAUUACUUUGUUAGAUUCUACGAGAUUGAUUACAGCGCUGAUGGAAUUUCCCAAUCUUUAGUGCACGCUGCUAAGAGUCCUACGGAAGGACUGCCGGCAGGAAUCGGUUACUCGUUUAUAUUUAAGGGAGCACUCUCUAACACUACCUAUCUCAUCGGUACUUACGGCAGGAAGGAUCUCGACGCUAAAAACACGAAAGAGCGUUCCUUCCUGCACACUGUGGAGGUUCACACACCAGGAUACUCGUAUCUACCUGCACCCACUGACUUGAUCAUAGAACCACUACCUGGUAACCUGUUCAAACUGUCGUGGACAUACCAGCACGAUCUACCUGCCUCAGAGUUCCUCAUUAAUAUCACCUCACCAAAUGGGGUGGUGGAACAGGAAGUUGCCACUAAAAACCACGAGGUGCUGGCUUUGAGGAGUAGUACCUCUUACACUAUCAUUGUUGUGAGUUUGAACCUUAUUGGAGAUUACAAGUUUGUGUCAGCCCCUCUUCAAUACACCACUCCGUUCUUCAAGUAUGAUGAGAAGAUCGUCGGAUACUAUGAUUUCGCCAAAUGGUUUUUCAAAGUUAACACGAUCACCCUUGAUGGUCGUUUUGUGUACUUCAAGAAUCCUGUGAGAAGAGAUACUCGUGUUGACCGAGUUGUACUCAUGUGUUCUUACACUAACGAAUCAAUCGAACAAGACUCUAGUCAAAAUGGUAACUCCACGGAAUUGUACUCCUCCGUUUACCACGCUGCUCGCUUCAACAAGUCGUACUUCGACCAUCCUCCUCUGAGCCCCUACGUCACUGCAUCCUUCACAACCACACCCCUACCUCGACGUUUACAAAUAGGAGAUCGGUACAUCUACGAGACCUAUUUGAACGGGGAGAUAGAUAAGGAGUUUAUUUACCAGGUUUAUGUUAUAGUGUGGUACACCUCUGGGCAAACAGCUGAUGUUUCCGUACAGUAUCUCGGGGAGAUAGAGCUGUCCAAGAUACCCUGGGUUAUUAUAUUCGUGAGUGUUGCAGUGGGAGCACUGGUUCUCACAAUCCUCACCGCCAUCUUCAACUGCUGUUUUUAUCAGCUCAUGCUGGCCCACCGCCAGAAACAGGUUGAAAUGUUGAAAGGUAAAAUGUCUGUUAGAUCCCUGUUAGUUGAGGAUAUCUACAUGAACGCUAUUCUGCCGGAUCCUGAUUACGAUAUGACCAAAUCUACUCAAGAUCUGGGGAGUGAUACUGAUAGUGCCGUGAAUUCCGAAGCUGCGGGUAGGGAUAGCCAAAGUGAUCGAUCUCAGCCUGAACAGAGUAACUCCAGUGUAUUUGUAAGAAAAGUAUCAUUACCAAAGAGAAGGCACACUUUUACGAGGGUUAAUUAACUGGAUAGGCCUCCCAAGUAAGUGGCAUUUUAUUGAAACUUUACAAAUACAUAGGAGUGAGAAACAAGACACUUGGUAAUGCAUAAUGGUAUGAAACAUUACUACUGGUCACGAGCGCAAUAACUUUUUGUUUAUUUAUUUCUUUCAAAUUAUUAAAAUCUUGAUAACUAUCUUAACUAUCCCCUGUUUAGAACUUUUAUUUAAUAAUUAUUAUGUAUUAUUUUAAAUUAUUUUUUGCCAAGAUUGUUCCAUUUGAGGUCCAUGAUAGUAACUGCAUAUUGUGAUAGUUGAUUAUGAGGUAAAUUAUGACGAUAAUUUAAUUUAUUCACAAAUCACAAUAGCUAUACACAAAUUUGCAGACGGAGUGAUUUGUAUUCUGGCUGUAAACACUGUGUCCCCAUGUAUAUGGUGUGGGAUCUCGUUGGUAAAUGCUUGCCACACGUGAGCGAGCGUGCUAAAUCACUCUACUGCUACACUCCGACAGCUGAAACCAACUUGGAUCAUUGUAUUUUCGGACGCUGAUUCCGAAUCACCCCCCUGACAUAGGGUUAAAAUGCUCCCCUGGCGAGAUAUUGGCGAAAAAUCAUCUCGAUCACGUGAUAUGACCGACCGUAUAAGGCAGUUGGUAUAAUUUCUCGUUUGGGUUAGGGUUUCAGCAUAUACCUUUGCUAGGGAUUGGGCCUGGGUUAGGGUUAGGAUCAUAUUAGAGGGUUAGGAUUUCGAAUAGUCGUUCAGGGCCAUCUAGAAAACGGGUUGAAAAAGUUACGUGACAGUCGAGUGUAGAGUGAGACUGAGAGGUGGGAUAAGUGGUAACAAGAGCUGAGCUAAGACUAUCCAGACGCACGUCACUACGCAGAACGAUAUGUUGGGAUAUAACAUGGGAUCGUAUUGCGUCAGCCAGAUUUGAGAUUUCGGCCAUUUUUAACCACCCUCUUCAUGAUCAUGAGGCAUUUCAAACAAAAUAGCUUUUGCUUGAUUUCAACUUCCCCGGCCGGCGGCCCCCCUCCCCCCCCCCCCCCCCCCUUCCAUCAACUUCAAUAUCAGGUUACUGGAAUUUCAAGAUGCAGCACUUUUUCUCAUUAGGCUUAGGAUCUUCGUAUGAUAUGUGGUCGAUCCGUCAUCACACAUCACUCAUCUAGUAACCGAUAGUUACAAAGAUAGCGGAAUCAUAAAUUGCUGUUCGACAAGUCAAUAUAACCGCAACUAUUAAUUGAUAUUAUUAUUAAAAUGGAUAUUUAGCGGUAUUCAAAUACCACUGGGUAUUAUAUUAAAAUAUUAAGGGGACUUAACUUAGUUGUUAAUAUAUAUUAUUGGCUGAUCUGUUUUAAAUUUUGAAUCUUAAUAUAUUUAUUGGCUGAUCUGUUUUGAAUUUUGAAUUUUGAAUCUUUAUAACGUAUCACAUUACGUGAAAUCACUGUCUGUACUGUCGGCAUUGCAAUUUAAUAUCCAUAUUACUCAUGUUCCAAUUUAAUAUUUGUUACAAUUAAGUAUUUAUUGCAAUUUUAUAUUCGUUAUAAUUUAAUAUUUGCAAUUU